AAGAAAAUGUAAAACAAAGUAGAGAGGAAGAAGCAAUAUAUCUUCUCUCUUUUCAUUUCCUACUCUUUUCUCACUAUGUCUAAAGACGGUGGCGUUUCUUGUCUACGAAGAUCAGAGAUGAUCGGUAUAGGAAUCGGAGAACUUGAAUCUCCACCGUUAGAUUCUGAUCAAGUCCACGUUCUCGCCGUUGAUGACAGUCUCGUUGAUCGAAUCGUCAUUGAAAGAUUGCUUCGAAUCACCUCCUGCAAAGUCACGGCAGUUGAUAGCGGUUGGCGUGCUCUCGAAUUCUUAGGAUUAGACGACAAGAAAGCCGCCGUCGAAUUCGAUAGAUUGAAGGUUGAUUUGAUCAUCACUGAUUACUGUAUGCCUGGAAUGACUGGAUACGAGCUUUUGAAGAAGAUUAAGGAAUCAACAAGUUUUAAGGAAGUUCCAGUUGUAAUUAUGUCGUCGGAGAAUGUAAUCACUCGUAUCGACAGAUGUCUUGAAGAAGGUGCGGAGGAUUUUUUACUAAAACCGGUGAAACUCGCCGACGUGAAACGUCUGAAGAAUUACUUGACUAAAGACGUUAAAGUUGCCGCCGACGGAAACAAACGGAAGCUGACUACUCCUCCUCCUCCUCCGCCGCCGCCGCUCUCAUCCACAUCCUCGAUGGAAUCGUCUGAUUCUACUGUGGAAUCGCUUCUCUCUAUGGUUGUCGAUGAUGAUUCGUUGACAUUGUCGCCGGAGUCUAUAGCGUCGCCGGUGGAUUCGCCGUUAAGACGGCGGGAGAUGAAGAGUCCCGGUUUAGAUUAAGGACGAUCUCCGUUAACUUUU